AGUCACAGUUGUUAUCUAUACGUUGUAGGAAGUUUUGAAAAGUUGUGUUUUGAGAGCUCUUUUGAAUGAAUUAAGUGAUGAUUCUUUUCUGAGAGUGGCCGGGAGAGAAUUCCAUAGUUUUGCGGCAGCAACUUUGAAACUCCUAUCACCGUAAGAGACCAGUCGACAUUUUUGUGGCACAAGGGUGGUUGCUGCACUUGCUGAUCUCAGUUUGUUCGUUGUUGAUUUCGGCACGCCAUACAAGAGAGCAUUGCAAUAAUCUAACAGUGAUGUCACAAGCGAGUUUAUGAGAGUCUUGGUGGCAUCAGCGGUCAAAUAUGGCCGAAUGUGACCAAUCUGUCGUAUCUGACCAUAGCAUGUUCGAGUCACCGAAUUAAUAUGCUGGUCCAUGUGCAUGUUCGAAUCAAGCGUAACACCAAGGUUUCGAACAGUUUUUGAUGGUUUUAUGCUCGUAUCGCCAAUUUCCAGUUCUAGAUUUUCAACAAGUUUGGAGGGUUUUUGACUUGAAAAAAUAAUUAAUUCAGUUUUGUCUGCAUUCAAUUUUAACAUGUUUGAAUUCAUCCAUGAUAUGAUUUCUUUUAGGCAUUGUUCAAGUCACGUGAUUGUGACUACCUUUGAUGCUUGGUCAGUUGGUUUAAACGAAAGAUAGAGUUGGGAGUCAUCUGCAUAAAAAUGGUGGUUUAGACGAUGGUUUUUACAGAUAGACCCGACCGGCUUAGUGUACAUCGUGUAGAAUUUUGGGCCCAGUACCGAUCCUUGAGGAACACUGAAUUUCAUAAGGACCGGUUCAGAGAGUUUGCCGUCGAUGCAUACCGUUUGGUAGCGGUCUGUUAGGUAUGAUGCGACCCAUUGACGAGGUUUAUCUGCAAAUCCAAAGUCAGAUUCGAGUCUUUGAAGAAGGGUGUUAUGGUCAAAUGCAGCCGACAGGUCCAGCAUCACGAGUACCGUAACAUCACCUGUGUCUAAUGAUUCAAGAAUGUCGUUUUGAACUUUUACCAAUGCCGUUUCAGUUGAAUGAAAUUUCCUGUAUGCUGACUGGUUUUUUUCAUGUAAUUGGUUGUUUGUCAAAUGUUCCUCAAUUCUUCUGUUUACCACUUUUUCAAGAAUUUUUGAGAGAUAUGGCAAAUUUGAUACUGGUCUGUAAUUCUUGAGUAUGUUUUUGUCAAGACUAGGCUUUUUUAACAAUGGCCUUUUAUUCGUGAUGCUUUAAAUGAUUUAGGCACGAUUGAACUUUGAAGCGAGCUGUUAACAAUUUUCAGCAAAAUUGGUAGAAGUUCGUUUAUACACAAAAUAUGGGAUUUCUUUAAAUUCAGUUGAUGUUAACGUAACGGUAAUGACAAUGCUUUGAAGAAAAAACAGUAGUGAUUUAUUUAUUCUCUAAAUUAAUUUGAAUACAUGAUUUUCAUCAGUGUGACACUUUAGUUGUCUAGCACAUUUUGAUAUAAAUUUUGAUAGUGAAAGCUUAUGUCACAGUUAUGCGCUUAUGUGUAAUACCAAACUUUGGUUGUUGGUGCCGUAACUGAAACUUAUUAUACAGUACGUUUAUAUUUGAGUCAUGUGACAUGCUUACAGAAUUGAUCCGGGUAUGUACACUCAACGGAUGGUAUUACACAGUGGGGCAGAGAUUGUGACACUCCUGGGGGUGGCCGGUACAGCGGAAUUUUCAGUAUCGCAACAAUCAUCCGUUGCCUGGACAAUGGUGGCACAACGUGGGUUUUUUAUUUGUAAACUCACAUUCUACCAGGGAAACUUUACUAAAUAUUUAUCAUUCUUUAAAUGUUUUAGUAUCUUAUUAUUGUAGAGGAUCUAAGAAAAACACUCUUUUCUCCAGAAUUUUGCUUUAUUAGAUGCCUUGUCAUGAAAGAUAAAAUCUAUUUUGGUAUAGUAUGAAUGAAUGAAGUUUCAUUUUCUAAAGAGAGUACCGCUUAAUUUUAGAAAAAAAUUAUCAUUUGUUUAUGGAAAAAAUAUUCUGUAUGUAUUGUUAACUGCACUUCAAAUGAACAAAACGUAUUAACAUGUUUGAUUCCUUUCUGUAUUCUCAAAUACAAACGCUAAAUACAUCCGUUUUCAAUUUGUUUCUACAGCUGGUUAUGUGGCCCGAGCUGACGUCUGCAGUGUUUCAAGGGAAGGGGAUGUAGACAUUGUGCUUCAAAAUGGGUGUCUGAAUGCAGAAUCUGAAUUAUAAUUUUAUGUUUGUUUCCUGAAGUAAAUUAAAAGGUUUUAAAAGUUGUAUGUGUCAAACUGAUGGUUUCCACUAAAUUAUAUGAGUUAGGAUUAACGCAGGUGUUGGGAAUCAUUUCCAGUUUGACUAUAGAUAAUCAGUUCCACUCUAGUAACUGAUUAUAAUUUUAUAUAAAAUUAUAUGAGGAUCCCAAUUUUAUUAAGCAUGUCAAUAUUUUGGUCAGAAAAAUGGAAGUGUGAAAUGUUUGGUUGUCUUAUAAUUACAGCUGUAGUAACGAAGUAGGAAGGAUGAGCGAGUUCCAGUACACAGGGAUGGAGAACGGUGGCCGGAAGUACACCGUGCUGCUGGUUCCCGACGCCUUUGACUCUGGAGCAGAAGAGGUGUCCAUUUUGUGUUCUGUACGCCAGUGCCCGCUAGCUGACGCCGGUGACUGUGAUUUUGAAUGUGGUGGAAAUACAAGACGUCAUCGUCGCAGUGCAUUUGGUGUGGAGUCCUAUGUGGCAAUCCUGAAACUACGCUUCAACAAGUCUCUAGCUGAUUGGACAAUCAUGACCACAGGAAGGAUGCAACCUAAUAUCGAGACCAUAGACUUCCUGUCUGCAGGGUCGCCAGUCUGCCGAGUUUCCAUUAGCACUCAUUGGAUUUUGUCUACCAUUCUCGUUAUGUGUCAAGUCGGUUGAAAAGAAGUGCAAGGAAUUGUGAGAAAAAAAUUUCUUUAAACAAUCCAAAAAAGCCAGUCUGCUGUAGACCCUAGGCCAUGGUUGUAAACAAGAAGCUGUGACGCUGGCCAAUGUAGAUAUGAACCAAGCACCAUCCAUGUGAAUACCGGAACUCUCUAAUGCACAAGAAAUGGAACUUACAGCGGCGUGUUAUCGCCCAAAAAACUAGUGGCAGUGUCUAUUAUGAACAUGUUGAGAAAUCUCUGACAGUGCGGGAAUCCUGAUGAAAUCAGGAUGGAAGUGAUGUGAUCCUGCAUUCUUUUGUUUGAACAUUCAAUGUCUUUUAUAACCUCACUUGUUUUAUCUUUUUUAACGGUGUAGAUAAUGCUUCUGUUCAAUUUACAAACUGAAUCAGUAACUUUCAAAAUAUGUGGCGUUAUUAAUAUUUCAAAAUAUGUAUUGUUAUUUAUUUAAUAAUGGGUUUUAUCAAAUUGGUUAUACAUUUAAUAAAAAUGUCACACAUUUUGAAAUUUAAAUUUAAUCCUCGUGAACAUAUGCAUUGUAAUUUGUUUUAAAUUUAAGAAUCUGAUUUUAAUUCAAACAUUUCUUGAUACCUUAUUCAUGGCUGGUAGUCAUUGGAGCCCUAACAUUUUGUAAUGUUU